UUAUAUGACUAUUUUAGCAAAUUGGGUCUUAGUUCGAGCAAUAUCAUGCUUCCUCCAAAUCGGUAUGUGUAUGUCUAUGCGUCCGUAUGCAUAGAUACAAGCGUAGAUGUUUACUCAUUUCUUUGCAAAACAAGCUACUCCCGUCGGUGCCCAAAUCCAAAGGAAACAUUUUAGGAAAAGUUAAACAUAACGAACUCGUUUCUUUGCAAGCUUACUGAAGCACCCGAUUUCUGUAGCGAUGUCAAGUUUCUGCUUUGCAUCUAAUGUUCUGGAGCACACUGUUACAGAGUUGGUUUCCCCGUCAGGUACUGUUAUAUGGAGAAUUAAGGCCAAAGUUUGUGACUGUGAAUGAAGAAUGUACUCGAUUUUGUCAUGCGUUCUGAUCUGCUGUUCAAGACUACGUCUAUGGUGGUGGGCUUAGCCCGGAGUGGAAGAAUCCCUCAUGCACGCAGACUGUUUGACGAAAUGCCACAUAGAGACUCUGUUGCUUGGAAUGCCAUGAUAAGUGGAUACUCUCGUUUGGGACUUUACCACGAAGCUUUGUCUCUCUUCGGUGACAUGAGAGUCUCCCUCUUUAGACCCGAUAACUUCUCAUUCUCUGCAACGCUGAAUGCGUGUGCAGGUGCUCGCCAUCUUCAAACUGGAACAAUAAUUCAUGCUUUAAUUGUUGUUUCAGGGUACUUAUGUUAUCUUCCAGUGUGUAAUUCGCUGGUUGAUAUGUAUGGGAAGUGUUCGAGUCCUGACGAUGCAAGAAAAGUUUUUUAUGAGAUGGAUUGUAGGAAUGAAGUGACAUGGUGUUCACUUCUGUUUGCAUAUGCAAAUUCUGGUCUAUUCAGCAUGGCCAGUGAACUGUUUCAUAGGAUGCCUGUAAGGGUUGAAAUUGCUUGGAAUAUAAUGAUUGUAGGAUAUGCUCAGGUUGGAAAAGUUGAAGCAUGCCUGCAUAUGUUUAAAGAAAUGUGUGAGAGUUUGUAUCAUCCUGACCAAUGUACAUUCAGUGCUCUCAUGAACGCUUGUGCUGGUUCAUCAGAUACUUUAUAUGGAUGCAUGAUUCAUAGUUUCAUUAUCAAAUCUGGUUGGACCUCUGCUGUGGAGGUUAUACGAGAAACGGUAAUGGGGAACAAGCUCUUCAUAUGUUUGUAGACAUGGUGAGAGACUCAAUCCAGCUUGAUGAUCUAGUAGCUGGAGCAGUCCUACAUGCCUGUGCUAGCUUAGCAAUGCUUGAACAUGGGAAAAUGGUCCAUAGUUGCAUAAUUCGAUCCGGCUCACACAACUACGUCUAUGUCGGAAACAGCCUGGUUAACAUGUAUGCUAAAUGUGGGGACUUGGAAAGUUCAAGGCUUGCAUUUCAUAGUAUUAUUGAGAAGGAUCUGAUUUCAUGGAACACAAUGUUGUUUGCACUGGGACUCCAUGGGAGAGCUAGUGAAGCUCUUUACAGUUACCAUGAAAUGGUAACAUCUGGUGUAAAACCAGAUGAAGUAACCUUCAUAGGGAUUCUAAUGACUUGCAGCCACGCGGGGCUUAUAUACCAAGGCCUCAAGUUUUUUGAAUCAAUGAGAUUAGAUUAUGGGCUCUCUCAUGGAACAGAUCACGUAGCUUGCAUAGUAGACAUGCUUGGAAGAAGUGGGUACGUCGCAGAAGCCAGAAAAAUUGCCGCUAAGUAUUCAAAAACCAUCACAGAUAGGACCAACUCACAGGAAAUUCUACUUGGUGCUUGUUAUUUUCAUGGAGAUAUAGGAACUGGGAGUACUGUGGGAGAAGACUUGAAGAAGUUAGAGCCAUUAAAAGAAGCUGCUUAUGUGUUAUUGUCAAAUUUGUAUCUUGCAAGUGGGAAAUGGAAGGAAGCAGAGAGGUUGAGGAAAGAAAUGGUGGAUCAAAGAGUGAAGAAAGUGCCUGGAAGUAGUUGGAUUGAAGUGAAAAAUGAUGUCGCUGCUUUUGUUUCUGGAAACAACAAUUCACAUCCUCAAAUGGGUAACAUAUAUGAGACAGUUUGCCUUCUCGAAUUAGAAAUGAGACAUCCUUGGCCUGUUCACUUUUUU